AUGGCAGGCCAGCAGAGACAGGAGACGGGGUGCCUCCCAUGCUUCAACUGCUGCGUGACCGUGCCGCAGGAUAAGAUCUACGCAGUGGAGCAGUUCGGGAGCUUCCAGAAGGUGAUCGGGGCCGGCCUCAACAUCGUCGGAUUUGACUUAAUGGGUUGCUGCAUCUCGUUCCGCUCCAUCAGCAAGCGCGUCGAGCAGAACGACGUCUUCGUAGAAACCAAGACCAAGGACAACGUGUUCGUGCUGGUGAAGGUGUCCGUUCAGCAGCAGGUUAUCCCAGAGCAGGCCGAAUCGGCGAUUUACAAGCUUGCCAACGUUAGCGCGCAGAUCGAUUCUUACGUAUCCGAUGUGAUACGAUCGGCCGUGCCGAAGAUGACCUUGGAUGAGGCGUUCGAAGAGAAGGAUAAGAUCAGUCAGGGCGUUAAUGAAGCCCUCACCAAAAGCAUGCACGAGUACGGAUUCCAGAUCAUCAAGGCUUUGGUUACAGAGCUCAAGCCGAGUCAGGACGUGAUGAACUCGAUGAACGAGAUCAACAAGCAAAAGCGCCUCCGUGAUGCGGCAUUGAUGGCGUCCGAGGCCGAGAAGAUCAGAGUGGUGAAGAAGGCCGAAGCCGACUGCGAGGCGGCCCGUUUGCAGGGCGAGGGCAUUGCGAAGCAGCGCGAGGCCAUUGUGGACGGCCUGAAGAGGUCCGUCACCUCUGGGACCUCGGAGACGCUUUCCUCCGACAAGGUGUCAGAGCUACUGCUCAUCACGCAGUACUUCGAGACGAUGAAGGACAUCGGAGCCAGCGGCAAGUCUAGCACCGUCUUCAUCCCGCACCAGCCCAACGUCGGGGACAUCUCCUCUCAGAUCCGCAACGGGGUCAUGCAGGGCUCGCCCGGGCAGAUGCGCAUGUGA